AUGGACUUGAUAAGGGAUGAGAAUUAUUUAAGAGAAAAUGGUUUGGCUGAUACAAUUGGUAUUGUUUUGGCAUCAUCGUCAACGUCAAAUGUAAAUGAUAUUGAUGAUGUACCAGAUUAUAAUGAAGAAUUUCCUCAAUUAAUUUCUACUGGUCAAUUGGAUUUUAAUCUUUCAAAUACAUUUUUUUCUUCAUCACCAUUUUCAACAUCAUUAAAUGGACCAAAUGCUAUGGCUAAUACAACAACAUCAUUAUUUUCUUCAGCGAAAAUUGACGAAGAUCGACGACGUAAACUAGCCAUUCAUGAAAAAUCAGCUACAACUAAAAUUAUUGAAAUUCCUCCCGAAGAUCGUAUUACUGAUAAUCAUCGACGUGGUGGUAAUCAAUCAACACGUAACAAUGGUGCUAAUAAUUCAUUUAAUAAUAAUGGACUACCAUUACAAAAAAUUUGUAUACGAAUUCAAAAAGAAACAUCGACAAAUAUAACAUUUUUCAAUAAAGAUCAAAUAUUAAUAGUCACUGUAACCGGUCGACCUGAACAAGUACGUUUAGCACAAGCACAAAUUCUACGUGAAUUACAAAAACCAAUACACAUAGCAGUUAAUAUUCCAUUAGAUUUUCAUCGUUUUAUAAUUGGUCCACGUGGUGCAACAUUAAAACUUUUAGAACAAGAAACAUUAACACGUGUAGCUGUACCACCACAAGAUAGUCAAUCAAAUGCCAUACUUAUAUCAGGUGCAAAAGAUAAUGUUAAAUUAUGUGAACAAAAAAUUCUUGAUUUAUAUCAUAUACAAUUAAAUAAAGGUUUUGAACGUUUAUCAAUACCAUAUUUAUAUCAUCCAUGGAUUCGUCAUCAACUUGUUGAUGAAUUACAUCGUCAAUAUAAUGUUACUAUUGAUUUACCACCACCAAUUAAACAAACCGAUGAAAUAUCUAUACGUGGUGAACGUGAACCUGUUGAAAAAGCUAAAACAAGAAUUAUGCAAUUUUUUAAACAUUUGUCAAAUGAACGUACAACUGGUUUAAGUAUUGAUCCACAAUAUUAUCCACAAAUAAUUGGUGUCAAAGGUAAAAAAUUAGAAGAAGUACGUUCAAAAUUUCAUAAUAUUCAAAUAACAUUUCCUGAAGCCAAUGGUAAAAGUGAUAAAGUUAUAUUACAUGGUGAUAAAGAAGAUGUUGAAAAAUGUUCAAAAUUUUUACAACAAAAAAUUAAAGAUUUAUAUUCAAUUGAAAUUGAAUUAUCAAAACGUUUAUAUCCAUUAUUAAUAGGUAAAAGUGGUUCAAAUAUACAACGUUUACGUGAACAAAUGCCUGAUGUUCGUAUUGAUAUUUCAAAUGUUGAUGAUACAAAAGAAUAUUUAUCAAUACGUUUAAAUGGUAAACGUAUUGAUGUUGAUAAAGCACGAAAAUAUCUUGAUGAACAUAUUAAACAAUUAAGUAUAUCAUUAGAAAAUUCUAUUGAUCAAUACAUAACAAUAAAUCCUAAAUGGCAUAAUAAAUUUUUUCAAAAUAAACGUAAAUUAUUAAAUGAAUUACAACAACAAUAUGGUGAUAUGUUAAUUAAAUUUCCUGAACGUAAUAAUAAUUCUGAUCAAGUUUUAUUACGUGGAUCAAAACAAAUUAUUGAACAAGUACAAAAAUGUUUAGUAGAAUUAAUUGAUACAUGGGAAAAUACAAUAACAAAAGAAAUUUCUAUACCACAUCGUCAUCAUGGUUAUUUACUUGCAAAAGGUGGUUCAUAUAUUCAACCUAUACAAAAAGAAUAUAAUGUUCAAAUUAAAUUUCCACCACGUAAUAAUCAUAAUGAACAAGAACCAUCAAAUGAUGAUAUUGUUCGUAUAACUGGACGUAUUGAUGAUAUUGAAAAAGCUGAAAUUGCUUUAGAAAAAAUGAUACCACUUGAAUUAGCAGUUGAUAUACCAUUUGAAGUACAUGGUGUAUUACUUGGUAAAGCUGGUAAUCAAUUAGAAAAAUUAAUAGAACAAUAUCCUGAUGUACAAAUAACAUUUCCAUCAUUAAAUUCAUCAUCAAAUUUAAUACAUUUGAAAGGUCAAUCUGAACAAACUGAAAGUGUAAAAAAUGAAUUAAUACAACGUUAUGAAAAAUAUCAAAUUGAUAAACAAGCACGUUCAUAUGAAUUACGUUUUCCAAUUAAAUUGGAAUAUCGUUCAUUAAUUAUUGGUCCUCGUCGACGUACAAUUAAUGAUUUAAAACAAAAAUAUAAUGUUAAUAUACAAAUAUUAAAUAAUCAACAACCAACAACAGCUGUUGUACCAACACCAACAUUAUCAAAUGAUAUAAAUCAUGAUGAUCAACAAGCUUUACCAAUAGAAAAUUCAUCAUUAACAAAUGAAACAAUAUCAAAUGAUAUUGAAAUAUUAAUUAUUGGUUAUGAAGAUAAAGCAUUAAAAUGUCGUGAUGAAAUAUUAAAAUUAAUACAAGAUUUUAAAUCAACAAUAACAAUGGAAAUUGAUAUUGAUCAUCGUAUACAUGCACGUAUUAUUGGUACAGGUGGACAAAAAUUACAACAAAUUAUGAAAGAUCAUAAUGUUGAUAUUAAAUUUCCAAGUAAUAAUCAAAGUAAUAAAGUACAUGUUAUUGGUACAAAUCAAGAUAAUAUUGAUGCUUGUAUUGAUCAUUUAUUAAUAUUAGAAGAAGAUUUUCUUCAAGAUUUACCAUAUAAAAAACAAAUACAAAAUGAAUCAUCAACAUCAGGACAACAAUUAUCAAAUGUUCAACAUCGACAACAAGAAGUACCAUCAGCAUCAGCAUUAGCAUCAAAUUCAAAUAUGAAUAAAUCAACAAAAAAUAAUAAUAAACAAGCAGCAUUUAAAGUUAAAAAUGCACCAUGGGCAUCAAAUGAACAAAAUGGUUUUGAAAAUCAACAAGAAAAAAUUAGAAAUGAACGUAAGAAUUCACCAAAAAAAGGACAAUUUGCACCAAGUAAAGAUGAUCUAGGUGAAUAUCCAUCGUUUUCAAAUGGUCUUACAUUAACAACUGAUGAUGAUUUAUCCGAAAUACAUGAAACAACAGUGAAUACAAUACCAAUUAUUUGGGGUCCUCCAAAACGAAAUAAAUAA